GGCGGCGGUCGGCCGGUGGGGCGGUUUCACCAGCUCUCUCUCCUCCGUCCCACCCAGGGGAGGCUCCAGCCCUAGGAGUGCCCUGCAACACUCGGCCCGAACCCUUCCUUCGUUUGCUGCACAAUGUCUGGGAGCACGAGCCCAGACUCUGACGCCUCUUUCUCAGAAUAGAGUCGGGGUCAAGGACUCUGCCGGCUAGCAUGGGGAGGAGAGCGGGGAAACUUUUCAUCUUACGGAACUUCCUUUCUCAACCGUUGGGGGAGGAUGGCUGCACCUGGAGCCUUUAGAUCCUGUCUGAUUAGGCUUUCUGAUCCAGACCCGCGCUCCUGACACGUUUUCUAGAGAAAAGGUGCUCAGGUCCCGCUUUCUUUCCUUGCCAUCCUUUCUUCCCAGGACAAGAUUCCAGGUAGCUGCAGCGUCAAUCAACUCUUGAACGUUCUUCUGGCUACGCCAACUAUUAAUUCCAGCAGGUAGACAGCAACAAUUUAAGGGGCGGCUCCUUGUAUAUAUAGAUCAGUGUCAUUCCUGAAGCAUCAUUUGGCAUACAACAUCAGAGCAAGAUGGGAAAAGCAGAUUUUAAAAUGAGGCAAAGCGGUUUGGGAGUGGGACAUUGGGGUCUGAACCAUAUGCGGGCUCAUUCAGCUAAGAAUACUGAGCACAAGAAGUUCAGGGGUCCCCUUCAAAAGCGUGAGUGUAUUUCAAUCCAUGUGGGUCAGGCUGGUGUGCAGAUUGGUAAUGCCUGUUGGGAGCUGUACUGCCUGGAGCAUGGCAUUCAACCUGAUGGGCAGAUGCCCAGUGACAAGACCAUUGGAGGGGGUGAUGACUCCUUCAAUACCUUCUUCAGUGAAACUGGGGCUGGCAAGCAUGUGCCUCGGGCUGUCUUUGUGGACUUGGAGCCCACAGUAAUUGAUGAGGUUCGAACUGGUACCUACCGCCAGCUUUUCCAUCCAGAGCAGCUCAUCACAGGCAAGGAAGAUGCUGCCAACAAUUAUGCACGAGGCCACUACACUAUCGGGAAAGAACUUAUUGAUUUGGUACUAGAUCGAAUCCGAAAGCUGGCUGACCAAUGUACAGGACUCCAGGGUUUCCUCAUUUUCCAUAGCUUUGGGGGCGGCACCGGCUCUGGCUUCACCUCCCUGUUGAUGGAACGGCUCUCAGUAGACUAUGGCAAGAAGUCCAAGCUGGAGUUCUCCAUCUACCCGGCGCCCCAAAUUUCUACAGCCGUGGUGGAGCCCUACAACUCCAUCCUGACCACCCACACCACCCUUGAGCACUCCGACUGUGCCUUCAUGGUGGACAAUGAGGCCAUCUAUGAUAUCUGCCGCCGAAACCUGGACAUCGAACGUCCCACAUACACCAACCUCAAUCGUCUCAUAGGUCAGAUUGUUUCUUCUAUCACAGCUUCUCUGCGCUUUGACGGCGCCCUUAAUGUAGACCUAACGGAGUUCCAGACCAACCUGGUGCCUUAUCCUAGAAUCCAUUUCCCCCUGGCCACCUACGCGCCUGUUAUCUCGGCCGAGAAGGCCUACCAUGAGCAACUCUCGGUGUCCGAGAUCACCAACGCCUGCUUUGAGCCGGCCAACCAGAUGGUGAAGUGCGACCCUCGUCAUGGCAAAUACAUGGCCUGCUGCCUCCUGUACCGUGGCGACGUGGUGCCCAAAGAUGUCAAUGCUGCCAUCGCCACCAUCAAGACCAAGCGUACCAUUCAGUUUGUGGACUGGUGCCCCACUGGCUUCAAGGUUGGCAUCAACUACCAGCCGCCCACCGUGGUCCCUGGCGGGGACCUGGCCAAGGUGCAGCGGGCGGUGUGCAUGCUGAGCAACACGACCGCCAUUGCCGAAGCCUGGGCUCGUCUAGACCACAAGUUUGACCUGAUGUACGCCAAGAGGGCAUUUGUGCACUGGUAUGUAGGUGAGGGUAUGGAGGAAGGAGAGUUCUCUGAGGCUCGGGAGGACAUGGCAGCUCUGGAGAAAGAUUACGAGGAAGUGGGCAUGGAUAGUUUGGAAGGGGAAGGGGAGGAAGAAGAGGGAGAGGAGUACUAAAUAAAGAACUUGGAAGCUUAUUUCAAAUAAAGUGUUUUAUUCUUUUUGUCCA